GUUGAUGACAGCUGAAUCUGAUGGCCAUCUGAAGCUCCUGCAGGUCAUACCAGCUGACAGACGGGACGGCUACGAAGAUGUUCCUACAGGGUUUAAACAUGGAUCUCUCGUCAUUGAUGAGCCCCCAAAACAUAUCCUGACCCUGGAAGACCAAGAAGACACCAUCGUUGGUAACCUGACGUGUAUGAGAACGGUCAGGCCUAAAGAAUCCCAGGAGAGGAUCACGUGUUUCCAUAACAUCGUGGAGGCGCUGCAUCACCUAUCGUCUGACAAUCUUACCACAGUGGCCAACACCUACAUACCGGCCAACUCAACCUCGGAGGAUGACAUAGAGAACCGUGACGUCAUUGCUGACGCACUCGGCGCCAUGGCAACCAACGCCUCCCUGACCCUGCUGACCCAGCUGGUGCUGACGCCUCAGCAGAAGGACGCGAAGCUUGUCCUCAGGACGCUCUUCCAUUUCUUCGGGCUGGAACGUCCGCCGCCUGAGAUCACCAUUGAAACAGUAGAGAACAUGUGCUUCAAAUGGAAGAUUCAGUUUGAUGACGAGGAGGACGGUCGGCACGUGUGGACCCGGACACACCUGCUGCUCGGGACUCUGGCGGGAAACAUCCACACCAUCGACCCUGCACGGGCUGACGGCAUCAUAGACAGGCUACACGGGAUGGUGGAGACUCACGACCCAUGGAAGCACCGGCAGCUGCGAUCCGUGCUGACAGAAGAGGAGUACAGCAGUCACCUGCACGAGAAGGCCACGAUCCUGGGCGCCCUGGGGAACGCCGGGAUGGACAGGUCCUAUGACUACCUGGUGUCCUACAUAAACAGUACUGACGCACCUUCUGUGCUGAAGAGGACCAGCAUGACCGCGCUGAAAAGCUAUGAUCAUCAGAAGGCAGCAGACGAGAUCCUCCGUGUGGCACUAGAGGAUCCGGACGGCCACGUGCGGUACGCAGCCGCUCUGGACUACCUGGGACAUCCCCGGGCAAACCAACUGUGGACGGCUCAGCAACAAAUCAACGAUAGAUAUCUGAACCAAACGGCCAUCGCAGAAGAAAGAGAAAGGAGGGGACUGACGGACGUCAUAGAAAAGAUAGAAAAGUUGUUUAAGCCCUUCCACUUCAAGCUGGAGACGCCGAGCAUGGACUGGCACAAGCGGAUCGGCUCCAGCAAGGUGGGCGCGUCCAUGGGGCUGGUCAUCAGGAACGAGAUGGAACUGGAUCUGAGUCCGCUGAGAGGAGGGUUUUAUGUGGACGCACUUGAUAUGGCGUAUGCCAAGGUGCAUGUGGGGAUUAUCGGAAUCGAUUACAAAUUCCUGGAUGCGAGAGUCUGCUUCAAGGGAAAGGCGCAAUACGAAUUCAACAUCUUCCAGGAGUUCAACUUUGAAGAGGUUUUCCGACUGGUUAAGCUGUUUGACCGCGUGAUCAACCAGGUCGUUGGGAACGUUAAGAACAACAUCAUCCGUUUCAAGCAACUUCUGGGAAGAACCACUGGCUCCAUAGACGGCAUCUUCCGGGACAUCAUAGAAGCGGUGAAGAACCUUCCUAACCAAGUUCGAGAGUUCAGAGUCAAGGCCAAAGAGUUCAUCCGAAAAGCCGGGGAGUACACCAACCUCCCUCCGGUCGUGGAAAACGUGAAGCAAGUGGUCCAGCGUGUCAGCACGCUCAUCAGUGACGUCAAGGCCGAAGUCAUGGAGUUCUACAAUUCCAUCGUAGAUGCAGUCACCAUCACGCUCCCCUGGGCUGCCGACCAGAUCAAGAACGGUGUGAAGAUGAUCGUCUCCUCCAUCGGGAAGCUGAUCAGAACACCGAAAACUGCUAUAGAAGACAUCUUCAAAGGAGUAACAAUGAUCAAGUUUGCAGUGAGGGGUGUCAUUGAGGCAAAGGAGCGAAUUGAGAAAGCUCUCUUGUUCAACGAAGACAAGACGCUCCAUUGGAUGAACCUGCGAGAAGAUCUGACACAGAUCGGUGAUGACAUCUCUGUGGCGUGGGACUCCCUCCUGACGCUGGACGACUGGGCGCUGCAACAGGUGGAGUCUACGGACUUCACCAGGCGUUUCUUUGGAAUCGACAUUAACGCAGUGAGACAACAGAUUGUGAAUGAGUUGCGUGAACUGAUGAACGGACUUCUUGGUCCCGUACAAGAAGUCCGGCGGAUUCCCGAUAUCUUCCUCUCCGCGUUCGAGGAGACGGUGGACAUCAUCAAGUCCAUCAAAGACGGCUACCAGGCGAUUAAAAACGGUUACGACGAAGCUAAAUCCCUGAUUGAACAAAUCUUCGGGAACAAGGCUGACCAGGAUUUCCCCAGAAAGUACCUGGAGUCCGACUCCUGUGGAGACGGUUUCUACCCGAGCACGGGACAGGGGCGGUACGCUGAACAAGGGGUGCUUCUGGAGGCAGCCGCCGGACAACAGAUCGGUGCGCCAUUUUCCGGCAUCAUUAGAAGGUCGGGAAGUAACCAAGUGACCAUAACGACGGACUCGAUGGAAAAACUAGAAGUCAUCAUUACUAACGUGGACUUCCUCACCGAGAAAGAGAUGAAACGGGUUUUCAAGGGAAGCCUGAUCGGCACAGUAUCCUCCUCCGCCUGCCAACCGAACCACAUCCACAUGGCGAUCAGGAACAUCGAGUCUGGGGGGUUGGUGGACCCCACGCGCUUCACGGAGAAGAGAGACAUGGUAGUACCGGGCUGGGAACAGGAGUGCGGGGACUGGAACCUGGAGUUUAAGAAUAGGGUCAUAUCCAGAGGAAACUUUGGAGGCUCCAGAGAGGAGGACACCUCACCGGCUAGAGUCGAACCGGACAUCUCCGAUCUAGACCAAGAGUUUCCUGAUGUCAAUGAAAGAAAGAAAAGGGACGUGGGGCAAUGGUUUGACCAGGCAAAGGGCUUUGUGAGCAGCCUGGACCUUCCAGACUUGAAUGAAAUCGUCUCGCUACUUGAUUUUGACUUCCGGAGUCUGAAACUCUCCAAAGUUUUUGAGUUCAUGGUCGAGUCAGGACUGUCAGAGGCUAAGGCUCGGCUUGAACGGAUAGUGGAACGACUUCUGGACUCACUCCAUCUAGAGAAGACGUCCUGUCCUGUACCUGAGACACUCGAUGACGCAGCUCUGAAGAGAAUUCUGCGUGACGGUGGAAACCCCGCUACUGGGUCCAGAAACACUCUGAUUAAAAACUACAGGAAACCAGAAAACAAAUGUCCGGAUUUACGAGAGCACCUGCCCCAGAACAUGCACUGUUUCUUCGAUGACAACUGCCUGGGAGUGACGUGCUGUGUGGAGCUGAAUCUUGUCUUCACCAAGCGCUCCAUUAGUGCGUUUGCAAAGAUUGACCCUUGUAACAACCAGCUGACCCUAGGUUUGGGAUCAUGGAGGAAGACCUUCAACAUCAUCGACCCUUCCUUUGCGGAAGAAGGUGUUGGACCGACAGAAGAAAACCUACAGAUUUUGGACAUGGCACAAGUGAUCUUCAAGUACAAAAUUUCCAGCAUUCCAGGUGGUAUCGAGCUCACCUUCCAAGUGACCCUGUGCUCAGUACGGGACGACCUGUGCCUCCCCUAUGUGAGCGUCUUGAGCAACACAAGACUGCAGCUGGGAAUUUGUCAAACAACAGGCCUGGCACCGUCUGGAAGGAGAAAGAGAAGUAUUGCAGACUUGCAGCAAUUGUCAAUAGGCGACAUUGAGAAGCUGAUAGAUGAAGCCAAUAUGCUGGCAGACGAUGUUACCGAUGUCCUACGGGAACUACGAACACUUUAUCGCGACAUUGCCUUAGCAGCUAUUGACAAUGCCCUGCACCAAGUCUUCAAGGAUCAGUUCACGUCUCUGGACAAGAAGCUAACUUUUAGAAUUCCGUUUGGGCCGUACAAUGUCAAGUUCUUCGAGUACACAGUCUUCUUCCCACUUGGGCCUAUUCUCCAUGUUUUUCCGUAA